CAAUCUCUUACGAAAUUCACUUUUAUUUUUUUGUCAAAGCUCCAAAGUUACUUGAUGACGACGAUGCCCGGAAGAAACAAACGCAAAGAAAGAUCAUGGCCCGAACCGCAAACACAAGCACCCUUGGAGAAUCUUUCUUCUUCUUGUUCUAGUUUGUCAGCUGAUAACUUGUCUCCUCCCUCGACGAUAGCGUACAUAUUACCGCCAGGUUUUAAGUUCGUGCCAUCUGAUGAACAAAUUAUCUUUUGUUACUUGAAACCCUACUUGGACGGCAACAAGAAUGUAUUGCUCGAUGUUCCUAUUCAUCUCGUCAAUAUUUACGAGUCGAAUCCACAACAACUUUCAGUGGAAUUUGAUAAGGGUAAUGACAAAGAAUGGUUCAUUAUAACGGAGAGGAACAAAGUUGAUCAAGGUUUAAGCCAAACAAAGAGAGUUGGUAAUGGUGGGAUAAGGCAGAAACGUGGCGACACUAAAGGAGGAUAUUGGCACGCAACAGUGGGUGCACAAGAGAUCAAUGUUGGAGAUAUCGUUGGCUACAAAACGGCGUUUGCAUACUACGUUAGGGAACAGUCAGCCGACGUCAAAACUGAUUGGUUAAUGCUUGAAUACUCGUUGCAUCACACUUGUCACAACAACGACAAGGAUUACACUUUGUGCAAGAUCUAUCUGACUCCACAAGCAACAAAGAUGAAGAAGAAAGAAGUGGAAGAGAAGAAGAAAGGACAAGGCGUUAUUUCAGUCGGAGAAAGAUCCUCGCCAGAACCGCAAAAGCAACCAACGUCGGAGAAUCCUUCCUCUUCUUUGUCAGCUGAUAACUUGUCCCCUUUGUCGACGAUACCGUACCUAUUACCGCCAAGUUAUAAGUUUGUGCCAGCUGAUGAAGAAGUCAUCUUUUGUUACUUGAAACCCUACUUGGACGGCAACAAGAACGUAUUGCUCAAUGUUCCUAUUCAUCUCGUCAAUAUUUACGAGUCGAAUCCACAACUACUUUCAGUGGAAUUUGAUAAGGGUAAUGACAAAGAAUGGUUUAUUAUAACGGAGAGGAAAAAAGUUGAUCAAGGUUUAAGCCAAACAAAGAGAGUUGGUAAUGGUGGGACAACAAGGCAGAAACGUAGCGACACUAAAGGAGGAUAUUGGCAUGCAACAGCGGGUGCCCAGGAGAUCGAUGCUGGAGGUAUCGUUGGCUACAAAACUGCAUUAGCAUACUACGUUAGGGAACAGUCAGCCGACUUCAAAACUGAUUGGUUAAUGCUUGAAUACUCGUUGCAUCACACUUGUCACAACAACGACAAGGAUUACACUUUGUGCAAGAUAUAUCUGACUCCACAAGCAACAAAGAAGAAGAAAGAAGUGGAAGCGCAGAAUAAGAAGCAGAAGAAAGGAGAAGGCGUUAUUUCAGUUGCAUCUGUGGAAGCAUUGGAAGAGCAGCAGCCUCGUAAUGUCGAGUAUCCACAACCGCAUCAAUCGCAAGCCCUGCUGGAUUCUUAUCAACAUCAGCCUCAUGAUAUUGCCUUUCAGCAACCGCAGUUUUCGCAAGGCCUGAUUGAUUCUCAGCAACCGCUGCCUCCGCUGCGUUUGCUUGACUCAUUAGAAGGUCUUGUGUCUUUUGAGAUUGAGUAUCAGCAGGAACAACAGAGUCACAUGAUGAUGAUGCAAGAUUCAAGAUCCGGGAUGGCAAUGACGGGCUGGAGAAACGACGAGAGCGCCCAAGAAGACUUGUUGGAUAUGUCUAAAGAUGACAUGUUCUUUAGCAUGGAUGAAUUAUUCAAUAAUGUGGAAGAACAUGGUACUGUCGUUACUCAACAGCAACAACAACAACAACAAGAGCACCAUCUAAGUACAUUGAUUCUUGCUUCUGGGCUAGGUCAAGAUUCAGGAUCCAGGAUGGUGACGAGCAACGACAACAACUCCCAAGAAGACUACUGGUUGGAUAUAUGUAAUGGCGUGUACAUUGACAUCGAUGCAUUAUUGAAUGAUCUAAAGACAUGAUUGUGAAGUUGUAUGUUUCUUAACAUUAAAAUUCCACCAAUAAC